GUUGAUCUUAGUUCAUGCUAAAAAAACCUGGAGUGCGAUAGAUAAAUUGGUGUUGUCACUUGAGGCUUUUUCAACCAACAUGCUGUCAUUCCUGACUCUCUUCCAAAUCAAAUCUGAUGCAUGGAUGGCUGUGUUACUCACAUUUUUCCCCACCCGUUCAUGUUGAUCCAUCUUUAUUUUCGUGUAUUCCCUAACAUAGCAAUCUUCAAAAUCAAACUACAAAGUUCUUCAGCACGCAAGGCAGAGCUAGAGACAUCUCCAAGUCACACAGCUUUCCACCUGCUCUUCAGCUUACCUAAAAAGCAACGACCUUCAACCUCCUAGAUUCAUUACAACUCAACUCGAUUGGUCUCUUUCGAAACCACAACAAAAGAAACAAAAUGGGCAACGUCUGCUGCAGUGAGCGUGACAACAAGGCCAAGAGUGGGGCCGCCGGUGUCUUCACGACUGGUCGUGAAACCACCGUAGCCGAGCGUGGAUUUGAAGAGGGAUGGUACUUUCUUAUUCUCUUCCCUACAACCUCCGUGCUAGCUGCACAUGGAUUCGAACAAGACACUUUACUAGCACUAGUGGUAGUCCUAGUAGAGUUUUGAAAUUCUUGUUGUCCUAGUAUUGUCGCAUUUAUUCCAACUAAACACCAACAACCAAGGUACCGCGCUUCCGCUAUGCCUGGUGCCCCGGGACAGAAGGGCGCAGGAGCUCAGAAGAAGCACGCGCCGGUUCCGGAACGUACUUACAAGACUACAGCUGCCGAACGUGGCUUCGAGUCCGGUUGGUAUCGUGAGAGCAACAUGGGUGGUCAGGUGUAAGAAUGCUCAGUAACUGAGUUGUAAGAAUAAAGUCUCCUUUCUUCAAGAAAGAAUUUAAGAAAGUCAAUAAAAUGCAUGCUUGAGCUCGCGAACAUCAAGACGUCGGAAGUGAUAUGAUGAGAAGUUUUUGAAUUCAGGUUUUGAUUGUACUCGGGUUUUAAAGAAGUGACAAGGACGAGGGGGGAGGAGAUUACGAUGAUGAAUGGUUAUAAUAUACCCUACUAGGAAUCAUCCAGCAGCCAGUCCAUGAAUUUGUCACGCAUAGUGAUGGACGGGCAACUACAAACAUAACGAUAAUUAAGGAUCAUAAUUAAUGAUGUAGACUACUUUUUUUUUCAGAUUUGUCUUCCAUCUUCGAUGGCAUAUCGUGGAGUUUACUUCACGGCGAACUGAAGCAACUAAUGGAAAGCAAAGCGAAGUAAAGAUUUUAUUCUGCUCUUGAAUCAAUGUUUGUAGGACUCAGUUUUGUAGUGAGUCCUCAUCGUUAGUUGUAUAAUUCUUCGAAGAUAGACACCAUCUGGAUAGAAUGAGUUACUAGAACAACAUUCGCAUAGAAGCAUACUGUUUUCCUAAUUUCAAGAAUUUUCAACGCAUAUAAAGGCACGCAAAAAAUGAAAAAGAAAAACCUCAGUGUAGUAGACUUCUAGAGCCAAAGGCAAUAAAACAGUUCAAUAUCGCACAACCAAAAGGGCAUUGAUUGAAUUUGAAGGAGGACAAGCACCUUGAGGUAUUUUGUACUACUACCCCGCGCAACAUUGAGGCAUACGUCUGAGGCAAUUCAAUCAUUAGAUGUCCACGAAAAUGGUCCACUUCCACAAUGUGCUUUGCUGAUUCUGCGCACAAAAAACCUGCAGUAAGUACGAACAGCAACG